AUGUUCCCAAGGGCCCUUAUCUUUAUAGCAAACGGAACUGAGGAGAUGGAGUUCACUAUCACCUACGAUACCCUCGUUCGGGCCGGAAUCUCUUGCACGUCCGCGUUCGUCCCUGAUAAAGAAGGCGGACCGUCUCAAACGUCCGAGGGCGAAGGAUAUGUAGCCACAUGCUCCCGAGGCGUGCGUAUCACUGCAGACACGGGGCUCCAGAGUGUUAAGAAUGAUCAGUAUCAAGACUACGAUGUGGUCGUCGUUCCAGGAGGAGCUAAAGGCCGAAACUAUCUCAACUAA